AUGGCCGAUCCCGCAACAGUCCGCCUCAAUAACUACUUCCAGGCGCAAGGAACUGUCACACAGCUGUCGUGUGAGCUACGAGAGACGCCGUCAAACGCGGCAGGCCGUUGGACUGUGACGUAUAAGUUCAAUAAUAAUCCUUUGGGAUCGGCAACGGCAGGGAGGUUAGGCGAUGCUAAGGAGCACGCCGCGUCAGUGGCCCUCAGAGCCCUCGGACUGUUUUGA